UUUCAAACUUUUUUUUCAAACUUUUUUUUUUUUUCGUUUGCUCAAAAACCCUGCCGUCCGCCGUGCGACCGAGUGCCAGUCCCCUCCCUGCGCUUGCAGCCAGCAUGGCCAAGUCCUCCACAGCGUCGGUAGCGGGCACGGACGGCGGUGGCGGAGGAACGCCGCCCGAGCUGCCAGACAGCGCCACCGCCGCCGCCACGCCAGCAGCAGCAGCAGCUCUAACGCCUAGCGCGCUGGUGCAGCAGCUGCAUGCGCAACAAAUGCUUGCAAACAACAGGCAGCCCCCUUCGACCCCAGUCGGUGCUGGCGCUGGCAAGCAGGGUCCUCCGUCAAGUGGCAGCCGGUCCAAACCACGAAACAGCGCCAGCACGAGCAGCAGCAACACCAGCAAGCCAAAACGACCGCGCUCAGGCGCCAGUGCUUCCAAAGCACCCGGUGCGGCCGCUGGCAAGUCCGGCACGGCGGCGCGAAAGAGUGGGCCAGCUGGAACGUCUGCCCAGCCAUGUGCAGAAAACUCGGACGAUGAGCAGGCAGAAGAUUCCUUCCAAGGCGAAUAUGUCACGCGCUGCAUCUGUGGAUUUAGCCACGACGAUGGUUUUAUGAUUUGCUGUGAUCGAUGUGAGGUUUGGCAGCAUCUUGAUUGCAUGGGUCUCAAGUCUGGACGACUGCCCGAGACGUACUACUGCGAGCACUGCUCGCCCCGUGAUGUGAAUAAGAGUCGCGCCAUGCUCUUGCAGAUGCGAAAACGCGAGUCGAUGAAUUCCAGCGAUCUCUCGGACGACGAAGGCAGUGCUGUGCCACCACCACCACCGUCAAGCCGAUCAACGCCCGGCAAUGCUUCUCGCCAGCGAAGUUUGAGCACGACUGUGGUUCCAGUCGUCGUCGCCGCCCCUCCUCCUCCUCCUCCUCCCUCGGAUUUUGCGUCCCGGUUGCUACGGCCAUUGCCGAACGGCCAUCAUUCACCCACCGUCAACAUUGAAGACGACGUGGAUGAUUCACCGUCCGCUGCCGAUGCUCCUCAGCCGGAUCUGACGUCUGGAGCGGACGUCACUCCUCUUGUUAACUCAUCUACGACAGUGCCUCCACCCCGGCUCUCGUCAGCACUGGCCAGCCGGCUGACGCCGCUCGUGAUUCCCCCAUCAACAACCUCCAAAGAGCUCUCGAGCUUAUCGACGGCAAACUCAACCGACUCUGUCUCACCCUCGGUCGGCGAGUUGCCGCGCAUGGAAAUGUGCUGGGAGGCCCUCCCUUCCAACCCAUUUAAUGCGCUUCAUCAGUCAAUCCAGCAGUGCAUCGUUGAAAAUGAAGAUGCACGGGCCAUUCUGGCAGACGAGGUGGCUCGCCUCGAUGCGGAGCGCCACGCCAGCCGUGUCAAUGUCACUACUGAUAAGACUAGCCAAGCGCCGUCGACCGAAUCCAUGGAGACUGACGCGCAAGCGACUGCGGCUGCGCAAGGCGUGUCUGAGCCGCAAGUCAUUCUUCCUCGUGACGCCAGCGACGUGGAAACAGUGCUGCUGGACGCGAGUCAGUACAAUCCCGUGUCUAGCACUCUUUUUUGCAAUGGUGCGCCAGCGCCAGUACUAUCCAUCGAGCCUGUUGGUCCCAACCAGCAACGAAAAGGCGUGCUUGUUGCGGACAAUGUCUCGGUUGGCCGUUUCCUUUGUGAGUUCCUGGGCGAAAUCACAACACCUGCGGCAGCGUUGCACUGCCAUGAAGCGGCUUUGGCCCAGUUGCGUUCAGAACUCGUCUCUUUUGCGCCGCAACACGCCGAGCUUGCCGACUCGAUUUCCCCCAGCUCUGUUCCUCUCCCGUACGCCCUCUUCCAUCCACGAUUGGGUCUAUGUAUUGACGCCACCCGUCAUGGAAAUGAUGCCCGAUUCAUCCGACGCUCGUGCACCCCUACUGCGCAGCUGAAACAACUAUUAGUGGUGGGCGAUUUCGCUCCCGACUCGUCCACCGCCUUGCCCAACCGCCUGCAUUUUGGCAUUUUCGCCGCGUCCGACAUGGUCAAAGGCGCGGAAGUCACCCUCGCGUUCGACUUUCCGGUGGACGAUGCGCGCUUUCCUGUCGAGUGUGCGUGCACGUCGGCCAAUUGCGCCAUGUCGGAUUGGCGGCAGCGCAUGCUCGCCGAACGUAGCUUUCCUGGGUUGAUAUCAAGCCAAGAUGCUUUGCAACGAAAACGCAGGGCGUCAGUCUCGCAAGAUGACCAGCAGGUGCUAAAGCGAAUGCGCAUGAUUAGUGAAACGGGCACCGAGCUCGACGCCGAUGCCAACAAGUCUGCUGCUUUGGACGCUGAACUCGUCAAAUCCGAGCCAUCCGACUCGGCUCCCAUGGAUACUGCAGACCACGCUCUGGUGUCUUCGCAAGACGCUUCGUCCCAACACGAGUCGUCGGCGCCUUCCAGCGCGGUUCCUGUCAUUGAGACGCGCAGUCCGCUGCUCGACAUGGAUCCGAAAAAGAUGACGCGAGAGGAGCGCAAAAUGUACGCCCUGCUCAAGCAAUUCGAAAAGGUCGAGGCCAAGCAGCAGGCGGCCAACAAGAACGCCGCUGGCUCGACCACUCCGACGCACAACGGCCACGCUGCUGCCAUGCGUCGCACCUCGACGACGGCAUCACCAGCGCCCCAGCGCAAGCGUGGCGCUGAAGCUCCCGCGACGCCGCAACAGGCCCCGGGUGCCUCAGCCCCGCCAAUGACCCCAUCCGAUGCCGAACUCAAUCGCAAGCGUAGCCACACCGCCAUGGCGCUGCCAUCGGGAACGUCGGCCCCACCGACUCCGCUCGCUACGCCAAGAGCAACGUCCCGUUCACGACUGCCUUCAGUCGACGCCAGUAGCAGACCACUCGUGCUGACGGUGGCCAUGUUGAACGCUGACACCUCGCUCUUCCCAGUCAUCGAAACGGACAGUCCUCCGUGCACGCCCACGCGCGCCCGUGUGCUUCAGCUCGCGCACAUGUCGCCCGCUGCAGUGGGCGUCUCUUCGGCCACGUCAACCUCGACUCCAGCGACGCUCUCAGGCAGCAUUUCGCAGUCUGUGUUUGCCUUCCCUGCUAGCAGCACCGCUGCUCCCACCGCCAACGCAGUGGAAGCCGGCGUCACAAGCUCUCGGGAAUCCCCAGCGCCACUCGUCGCUGCUCGCUUUGGCAAGAAGGCGUGGGCUCGCGAGUUUGCCGCGACCGAGCAGAACGGCAGCGUGCCUUCCCCGCUCGCCUCGCCGUCGGUGAGUGGCUCGGGCCUGUCCACCCCCGUUGCCACGCCGCUCAGCCUCAAGUCCGACAUGGUUCAGCCAUUGUUUGAGCAUCACCAUUUCCCUUUGGUGCCCGUGCACGAGCUCCUCGCCAAUCCUGCCUCCCCCGCAGGCCGAGGCAAGAAGGCUUGGCUGCGAGACUUUCUUGACAAGGACACUGCCCCGCCGCGAGUGGUGCCGACCUCGCUCUCCAUGACGUCUGGGCUGCCCUCGCUGCCGUUUGCAAUGGAGGUCGAGUCAUCGUCGUCGACCUCGACGCUUCCUUUGCCGUUGAGCAGCAGCUUUGUGGUUGCCGAUGCCUCGCAAUCACUCGGCGCGUCCUCGAUGAAUGUCGUCGCCCCGCUGGAAAGCAGCAGUGGUAGCAGUAUCCUCUUGCAAGCGUCAUCAUCAGUGGCCGCCGCCACUCCACUGGUCGCGUCGCAGCCGUCCAGCUUGGAGCCACCAUCGAGCGUCGAUCUCACCAACAACCUGCCACAGCAAGGAGAGGUGCACAGUUUGGCUCCUACUCAAUCACUUCCGAGCAGCUUGCCUGAUACGCUCGCCGCUGCCAGCGCUCCAGUCGUAUCUUUGGAUGGCUCUUUUGCUGCAGAUGCGGCUUUGUCCGCACCGCGGGCGGCGCCCAACACCCCGACCAAGAAGAAGCUCAAUCUUGGUGACUACUUUAAGCGCAAGUCUGCCCCCGGUGAAACCCCGCUGGAGACGCCGUCGUCCGAAUCCCUUCCGCCAGUGUUUCCACCAUCCGCUUCGCUCAGUGCAAGUUUGCCGGUUGUUGCAGAGGCCGCUGUACCGCAGAGCGUUGCCAAACAGGCUUUGCCACCGUUGCCUGCUGCUGUGGUUGCGCCAACCAACUCCAUGGUGAUGGUUGAAGAUGCUGCUGCAGGAGGAGCAGGUGCCAGCUCGCUUGACCGGUCUACCAUCUCACUCGGCCAGCCAACCAUGCCGCGACCUGGCGCCUCUGCUGCACUCGAGUCCAACGGACUUGACCAUUCCAGUAUCAACAUUCUCGAGCGUAUGCAUCAGCCAUUGUCUGCAGCGCCGCCCUCCACGCUCUCCGCGACUCCAUCCGCCUCGGCGCCAUCCUCUGCAACGUCCGCCUCCUCCACCUCGACGUCCGCCGCUCCGGCCGGCAUGAGCAACGUGUUUGCGGGCAGCGGCUUUGGAUUCCCGUCGUUUGGAGCCUUCCAAUCAGCGCCUGCUCAAGCCCCGCAGCAACAACCGCGGCCUUCUGGUCCAUCUGGUCCUUCGACUCCUGGCCAACAGCCUGCCUUUGGUGCGCCCUUUAUGAAUGCUGGCAUGCCGACCGGGUUCCCUCCUUCGUCCCACCCCAUGGCUAUGAACGCCUUCAACCAAGGUCCGAUGCCAGGCCAGCCGCCGGCGUUUGGCAUGCCCAUGAGCGCAGGCGCGCCUGGCCAUCAUGGCUGGCAAGGCCACCCGCAGCAGCAACAGCCGCACAACAUGCCGCCCUUUGACUGGAAUGGCAGCGGCCGAGGUGGAAUGGACCACCGUGAAGCCGGUCGCGAUUUCAAUGCAGAUCGUGCCGAUUCCUAUCGUGGCGGGCGUCCAUCCUUUGAUCGCGACUUUCGAGGCGCUCCUCGUGGGCGCCCGUACCAUGGCAACAUGCCCUACUCGCGCGACUCGGUCGAGCGUGAUCGCGAUCGGGACCAAAGAGAGCGUGAGCGCGAUCGCGAUCGUGAACGAGACAUGCGGGAUCGGGAUCGCGAGCGUGAAUUGCGAGAGCGCGACCGCGAGCGUGUUUGAUUCUUGCCUCGUGUCGCGUUGGAGCCAGUGCUCUCGUUUGUGAGCAUUUUCGUUCGGUUUUUCUCGUUUAUUUCUGUGUUCUUGUGUUCUUGCC